AAAAAACACGAACAAAAACAAUAAGCGUCGUGCCAAAACUAAAUUUAAUCGCAAUCUCAACAUAUUCCUUGAGCUAUUUUUUUAAGCUAAAAUUUGGUUUUAGUUUGGUAGAGGCAGCAUUUGGUUCGACCCAUAGUUGUCUAUGUCAGGGUUAGAGUUAUGGACCAAACAAUUUUGUAAGUGCAAAUUAAAAAUUUUGAGUUCAAAACUGAUGACAAAAUUUCCAUUAGGGCGGAAUGAACUUUGUUCUGCCAAACCAGAAAUAUUCUGAGCCGUUCAGAAACAGUUGGUUCUGGCAUAUCUAGGAAAAGUGUGCACUGAGAUUGUUUUAGAAUUCCAAAUUUGAAUUAAAAUCUAUCUUAUGAUUGACUUCUGAAUAUUUAUUCUGUAUAUACUGACUCCUGUAUAUCUGGAAUUCUUUUUUUUUGAUUUUAUCAACUUGAAGAGCUUGAAAUCUUGUUUCAAAUGGUGUUUUUGUUUAGUGUUUUAAAAUAAUUUAGGGAUUGUUUUUACUGGGCAGGUUCGUGGACUCAACUUCUAAAUCGGGGUUACGAAAUAAUCGUUCUCUGAUUCCAUGUUUUAAAAAAUAUUGACUCUGAAAUUCGAUAAAUUCAAAGUGCCAUACCUCAAACUUUGGAAUAAAACUUCAUAGGCUGUCAAAUGUAAGAUUAUUAAGGGUUUUGACUAAUUUUAAUACCAUUGGAAGGCCGCAACUCUGGAUCAUGACUUUGGAGAAUUUAGUAUUCCGACUGAAUUGAAAAUACAACUCUGAUUUUGUCUCAAAUGAAACUAUAACUCAGACUUCGGAUUCCGAAUCCACAGCCCUGUUUGCCAGUGUUAGUGAUGACUUGAUAUAUUUAUUUCAGUAACCUUCCUACUUUUUGAAUCUUUAUGUAUUAUUCUUGCUACAAUCUUAAAACAUUGAAUAAGGAUCUCGUUCUAUUAUGUAUAAAUAUUGUAACGUUUUUUUUCAUUUUUUUAUAGAAAAAAUUGGAUUAGUAUUGAAAAAAUAAUGAAAUCUAUAGAUAAUAAAGAUGAUUUGAGCAGAGCUACGUUAUUUGUACGUGGAAUUCCCCCAUCUUGUUCAAAUGACACUUUGUCGGAAGUUUUUAGUGUCGCAGGACCCAUAAAAGAGUGUUUCGUUGUGAAGUAUAAAUCUUCGAGCGAAGAAAACAAACGGCCAUGUAUUGGUUACGUCACGUACAUGACGCCAGACGACGCAAAGUCGGCAUUGAGAAAAGAAGACUUUAAAAUUGAUGACAGCACUCUGAAAAUAUCUCUAGCAAAAAAGAAAAAGUUUUCAAAAAAGAAAGAUAAAAAAUUAGAAGGAGAUACAUUUGAAAUUGUGAAAUCUGAUUCACACAAUUCCGAAAUGGAUACGGUUGAACGGCAAGAGGAGCCUGAAAAAAUGCCGCCCAAGCAGGACUCGAAAAAUGGAAAUAGUCUUAAUUCUAAAGACACGUUUACUGUUAUUGUCACUGGGUUCCCAGCCUUAUAUAAAACUGAGCAUGUAAUCAAUCUAUGGAAAAAGUAUGGGUUGAAAGAACCGAGAGAAGUGGUAUUUCCGAGCGAAAAUAUAGAGGAUUCGGAAAGUACUGAAAAGUCUGAACCGGAUACGGAAGCGAAAGAUCUGCGGCAAAGUGCAAAGUUCAUUGUCGACACUAAACAAGCAGCUUUGAAAGCUUAUAACAAACUUUCUGAUAAAAAUAUUGGUAAAAAGAAAAAUUAUACGUUGAAAGUUAAUUUCUUGACACCAGAAGGAAACCAGAAAGCGGCUCGAAAAUCAAGACUUAUUGUCAGGAAUGUCAGCUUUAAAUGUACGGAAGGAGAUUUGAAGAAAACUUUUAGCAGUUAUGGAACAGUAACUGAGGUGAAAAUUCCAACCAAACCGGAUGGAAAAAAACGAGGUUUCGCUUUUGUUCAAUUUUCUCAUGUAUUUGAGGCAGCAAGAGCUAUCAAAGCUUUAAACAUGCAGGAGAUAAAAGGAAGAAAAGUAGCGAUUGAUUGGUCAUUACCGAAAGAGAAAUAUAAAGAAAUGAAUUCUGCAAAUAGUGAACCCCUCGGAGAACGAACCACUGCUUCUGUAGAAGCAUCCGCAGAAGAUAAACAAGAGAAAGACUCUGAAUCAGGAUCUGGACCUGAGCAAACUUCUGAUGAUUCUGGGUUGGAAGAAGAUGAGAGUGAGGAUACUAAAGAAACAAGCGACGAAGAGCAGAGUGAGAGUGAUGAAGAAACAAGCAAUGAUGAGCUGAGCGAGAGUGAUAAAGAAACAAGCGAUGAAGAGAGUGAAGAGGAAGAGGAGAAUCCUUACACCAAGUCAUUACAGAAAGCUUCUAAAACGAAACCCACAAUAAAGAAGAAACUUGACCCAAAAUCAUCUCAUGACGUCCACGAAGGUCGAACAGUAUUCGUGUUGAAUUUAUCGUAUGACACGACGGAAGAAAGCCUCACUGAAGUAUUGAAUGAAUAUGGAGAAUUAAUCUACACUAAGAUUGUGAUGAAUUACGAGACAGGAAUGUCUAAAGGUUGUGGAUUCGCUCAAUAUAAAAAACUGGAAGAUGCUGAUAAAUGUGUGGAGGCCUUGGGAGGAGAAAGAACUGGUAAAUUUCUCGAUGGUCGUGAGAUUAGAGUUGUGAAAGCUCUCAGUAGAGGAGAUACUGAUAAAAUGAGAAAAGAAGGGAAAAAGAAGAUUGAAAAGGAAGACAAGAGGAAUUUAUAUCUGGGAAGAGAAGGAAUGGUCAGAUCGGGAACUCAAGCUGCUGAAGGUCUAAGUCAGAUAGAAUUGAAGAAACGAGAAAAAAUAGAAAAUGCAAAACGAUCGAAAUUGAAGAAUCCGAACAUAUUUGUUUCAAAGACAAGACUCUGUUUUCAUAACUUACCAAAAUCUGUGGAAGAAGCUAAGUUGAGACAAAUCAUCUUAAAACAGUUCGAAGACAAACGUUACGUCCGAAUCAUAGAGUGUCGAAUCAUGCGGGACCUCAAAAACGUCAACGAAAAAGGAAUUGGAAAACCUCUUGGAUAUGCUUUCAUUAAUUUUAUAAAGCAUGAAAACGCUUUGAAAGCUCUUAGAUCUUUGAAUAAUAAUCCGGAGAUAUUUGGGCCGAUCAAAAGACCAAUUGUGGAAUUCGCUCUCGAGAACAAGAAAGCUCUGGAAAUCAAGGAGAACAGGAAGAAAAAAUAUCAGGCAAAAAUGAAGCUCAAAGAGACACUGCAGCAAAAUAAAUCUGGUGAUAAUUUGAAAGAAACUGUCCCAGAAAAAAAACUUGGACGAAGACAGCGACAAAAUUUAAAACGCCAGGCUGAAAAUGCUAAGAAUUUUGAUGGAAUAAAUCAAAAAAAUGAGCCCAAAAGUGGCAAACCUGAUGGGCAGGGCCCAAAAAGGGCCAAACUUGAUUUCAAAAAUGGCCAAAAUAGUUCAAAGAACAAAAAAUUUGGAAGUGAAAGUAAAAAGGUGGAUAAUGACAAAAAAAUGAACACUGGAAACCCUGAUGCUGCCCCAAAACAAAAUUUUGAAAGAAAAUCGUUCCAAGGUAGUUCUGGUACUACAUUGUCCGGUAAAAAAUUGCCGAUGCCAUCCCACGCAGGACCGAAAAUGCGACAAAAAAAUCGAGGAAAAAUCUUGGAACAAAUGCGGCGAAGUAAGAAGCUGAACACAAGAGAAGCUCAACAGAAACUUGUGAAAAAGUUUGAACGACAACGUACUGGUGAAAAACCUGCGGAAAAGUUUCAAAAGUCAAAAAGGCCGGAGUUCAAAGUUGAAAAGUCGAGCAGAAGGUCAAACAAGCGUGCGAAUUCCCAAAGAGGGGAAAUUGAAUUCAAUAAUCUGGUUGCCAAAUAUACAAAAGCGUUCAUGAAUAAAACACCAAGGACUGCUAAGCCUGACACUAAAUGGUACGAAUCGUAAGUUAACUGAAAUCGGUGUGUUGCUUCGGGAAUCAUGUUGAUUGUCAGCCAUUGAAGUGUCGAUCAGGAGUGGCCAGAAUUGAAUCAUUUGAAACAGUAAUUAGGAUUCAUGUGUCGGCCACUCUGAUGUUCUUCACUGGUUUGGAGCAGUAAACUUACUGGGCAGUUCUCUUUUCAUGAGUUUCUCUAAACAAUAAAGCAAUCAUGUUGAAUUUA